AUGGGCCAAACUCGCUCUGAUCUUUCGCGCAGCCGCACUGCCGCCUCAGGCAGAGUGAAGCGGAGCGCAGAGAAAGCUCGUCGACUUCGCAGCACCGACGAGCCACGGAGGGAGCGGACAAACAGGAAUCCUAUGAGAAGUAAAGUCCUCUCGUGUCUGGGAAGGAGGAAGCGGGACUCGAGCCCGAGCGAAGCGGAUUUGGACUACGGAAGUGUCGCGGAUCCAACAGCGACGGGCCGCGGCCGCAAAGCAGGAAAGUUACCCAGGGACGAGGUCGUGUCGGCGGGCGGGGAACACCCAGCAGCCCCGGGGCGUUUCGAGACAUUGUCCGGGCCGAGCGAUGGGAACACCGAAGCCGCCCGGCUCGUUGUGAACCGGGAGCCCGUGGCUGGUUCGUCCGAUGAGUCAGGCUUGGAAAGGCGGAACGGUGAAGUCAGCAGUGCGGGCUGCGAGGAGCCGAGCCCCGGGAGGGAAGACAAUGCCUCGGAUCCCCCGACCAGGGCCAUGGAAAACCAGCCACUGGGGGGAAACAGUCAGGACCACUUCGUGUCUGAGUCCAGGACCACCGCUAGUCUGAGCCUAAUAACCCCGCUCCUCACCUCUGACCCGGACACUGAACGGACUCUGCCCCCGGAUCCACAUUCGGACGGUGGGACGACGAAAACCGACGAUCACACCCGGACGAAGAUGACGAAAACCGACGAGGAAAACAACUGCUGUCCGGCCGAGGCGGAUGACUCCGACCAGAGCUCCCCGGGAGGCCAAAGUUUCCCGGGAACCAUACCGAAACUGAUCAUAACGAGAGACCCGAGUCCGAGCCGCUCCCAGCAGGGGACGGAGCUCAGCACCGGCCUGUGUCUGGACCCCCACGCCGACGACGAGUUCCCCUGCUCGGACAGCGGCUGCGGGGGCUCCCCCGCUGCGACGCGCUCCUUCAGGAAGCUCUCCUCCUCCUCCCUCUGCCUCUCCUCGGCCUCCUCCUUCGACGAGUCCGAGGACGACUACACCGGCAGCGACGUCGAGUCCUCGGGCCGGUCCCCGUGCAACCCGGACGAUGGACCAGGGAGUAAGUCCUGGAACAAGUUGAAGAACAUGGUCCACUGGUCCCCUUUUCUCGAGUCCUUCAAAAAGCAACGCUCAUGGGUGCAGCUGGCGGGUCAUGCAGGUAACUUUCAGCUGGAGGAGUACGGGCGGCUGUUGAAGCGGUACUGCGAGUGUGAGCAGCAGUGUCUGCAGAAGCUGAUGAACGACAUCCUGCAGCCCUUUGUGCCUGGAUAUUAUGGUGUGGUGCAGAGAGACGAGCAGGACUACAACGUAAUGGACGACCUGCUGGUUAGCUUUGACUCGCCCACCAUCAUGGACUGCAAGAUGGGCAGCAGGACCUACUUGGAAGAGGAGCUUAAAAAGGCAAGAGAGCGUCCACGUCUGCGGAAGGACAUGUUUGAGAAAAUGAUGGCGGUGGACCCCGGGGCCCCGACGGAGGAGGAGCGGGCUCAGCAGGGGGUCCUCAAACCCCGAUACAUGCAGUGGCGGGAGACGCUCAGCUCCACCGCUACGCUUGGCUUCCGCAUCGAAGGCAUCAAGAAAGCUGAAAAAACUCGCAACACCAACUUCAAGAAGACGAAGCAGAGAGACCAAGUGAUGCAAGCCCUGGAGGACUUUGUCGACGGCAACACUCAGAUUCUGAGACUUUACCUGCAGCGGUUGGAGGAACUUCGCUGCGUCCUCGAGCAGUCACAUUUUUUCAAGACGCACGAGGUUGUGGGGAGCUCUCUUCUGUUCGUGCACGACGCCUCCGGAAAGGCCAAAGUUUGGAUGAUCGACUUUGGGAAGACGGUUCCCCUGCCGGCCCCGAUGACCCUGGACCACAGGACUCACUGGGUUGAAGGCAACAGGGAGGAAGGCUACCUGUGGGGACUGGACAACCUCAUAGACAUCUUCAGCAGCAUGCUCCUCAAUACUCCUUAAGAGGGAGACAAAACUAAGAAAGAAAAAGAAAACUGAGUGUUUUUUUUUUAAGGGACGCAUGUUUGAGCCUUUCUGAAACUUUUUCUUUUUUAAAGAUCCCUGCAAUGAUCCAAGUAUCAACCUGCGUUCGAAGGUGGAAACAAAAGGACUUCUGUUGUGAACGAGCAAACGAAAACGUCUGAUAACACGCGUUAUAUUUGGAGAUCCAGGGGAACACGAGCACAAACGGUGGAGGAAAGACAUGUUUUAUCACAUGAGUCAGUUUCUUCACAUGAACUGUGGUUUGUUUUCUGGGAGUUAGCCUUUUUCCAUCGCUCGCCUCCCUCAGCAGAGCCCUCUCCUGGCUGCACACAGCUGUUGCCUCGCAGCCGUGAAAUGGACCCACGGCUCAAGAAGCAACGAGAAACUUGUUUAGCUAUGGACUACUUUGGACUUUUAAGCGUACGGUAACACUAAAACAUUGGUAUGACCAAGUGUUGACUAACUCAGUGUGUAAAUAGAGCUUAAUUUAAUCCUUUUUAUUUUUGGCUGUGGGAUGACUUUUCUAUGUUCCUACAGUUGGAUGUGCCUAACGAUUUUUUUUAUAACACGUUUGAUCAUUCCAGUGCAAAGGACUUGCUCCAAAGAGUUCAGCCCAAGUAUGAACUGAUAUAAUCCCAACGGUUUGCCUCUUAAUUGAAACAAUACUUUUUUUUUCCCAUUUAAUUGUAUAGUAAGCAGCUCAGAGUGUUUCUUGUUGCACUGUUGAUCUUCAGAAAGCCAUUGAACAAAAACAAGCAGUGCCUCUAUUUCAAGUACUGGUUUACAGUUUAACACAAAUUGAAUUUGGCGUUCAAUUGUCUCUAAUUUUGUUUUUCUUGCAGAGUUUUUACAGUAAAGCCAUCGUGUGAAGAGUCAAAUGAAGCUGGAGUGGACUGGAUUAUUUAAAAUGAUGCGUCUCUUGGGGCUUUUUAAACGCUUCACGCAAUUAUGACGCUGGAAAUUUUUAGCAUUUAAAGAACAUUUUUUAACUUGAUAAAAAAAAUUAAAAAAAAGAUUUUUCUAACAAGGAUGUUGCUGAAAGCUGCACUUAAGAACAAUAAUCUGGGUAACUGGGGGCGUUCUUUUAGUAUUCAACACAGAGGUUACUCAAAAAACACUGUUCUGAGUUCAGUCUUCCAGAUGUUCGACGGUGUCGAGCAGUUCUUUUGGGGUUUACGUGCGCGAGUUUUCCACUCUGUACACGUUUUAUUGUAACGCAGCACAUAUUUGAUUUCUGAUAUAAUUUAAACUCUUGAUUUUUCAUUUCCAAAAGGCAAACAUACCAGAGGGAAGGAGGGCGUAUCAGUGUUUACAAAGUAUUAUCGUUUGCUCCACAGAUUCUCUUUGUGUUCGACGAACUGACACGUUUUCAAACUGGGUGCUGCUUUCUGAGCAAGGAAACUGGAAACUAACCAUGUUUUAUAUUUGAGGAAUGCCGUUUUAAGUUUCAAAACCUCAUUAACAAAUCCCUGCUUUGUUCAUGUUGAGAACUGCAAUAAAC